CCACAACCCCAACACAAACCUCCAGUCCUCCCCGCGCGCCGCAACCUUCCCCAACCCGAUCCCUCGUCGCCUCCACCUCCGGCGAAACCGCCAUGGCGCCCAAGGCCGAGAAGAAGCCCACCGCGGAGAAGAAGCCGGUGGAGACGGAGAAGAAGCCCAAGGCCGAGAAGCGCGUGCCCGGCAAGGACGGCGGCGCCGGCGCCGACAAGAAGAAGAAGAAGGCCAAGAAGAGCGUCGAGACCUACAAGAUCUACAUCUUCAAGGUCCUGAAGCAGGUGCACCCCGACAUCGGCAUCUCCUCCAAGGCCAUGUCCAUCAUGAACUCCUUCAUUAACGACAUCUUCGAGAAGCUCGCUGGCGAGUCGGCCAAGCUGGCUCGCUACAACAAGAAGCCCACCAUCACCUCCCGGGAGAUCCAGACCGCCGUGCGCCUCGUCCUCCCCGGCGAGAUCGCCAAGCACGCCGUCUCCGAGGGCACCAAGGCCGUCACCAAGUUCACCUCCUCUUAGAUUGCCUGCCGCCCGCCGAGGCUCUUGUCAGUCUGGUUCCGUUUCUUCGUGUGUCAACAAUCGCAGGGGCUUAGGAUCCCCUAUACAAACAGUGUAAAAUGAGUCGGAUUAUCUGAAUCAAUGAAUCAUCCAGUGGUUGUUUCAA